AAUCUUGUCUGAAAGGAUAUAUUCCAAGUGAACGAAACCGGUGAAAAGUGUGAGGUGAAAGUAAUCAAUACAACAGUGAAAAUGUCGAUCAUCCCGAUUUUCUUCCGCAACUGGUGGGACGACGAGUGGGACCGUCCGCUGUGGAGCUCCCGUCUGUUGGACCAGCACUUUGGCAGUGGUGUGACUGCGGACGAUCUUCUCAACGCUCUGGUAUCGGUGACGGACCGUCGACUUCCGUCCCAGUCCCAACAACAGCUGGCAAGUCGGUACAAUCGUCCAUGGCAUAGCUCGUGUGUGGCCAGCAAUCGAGACAGUGGAUCGACGGUAAAUGUCACCAACGACAAGUUCCAGAUCAGUCUCGAUGUGCAACAGUUCUCGCCGGAGGAGAUCUCGGUGAAGUACGUGGAUAAUUCCGUCGUGGUGGAGGGCAAACACGAGGAGAAGCAGGACGAGCAUGGUUACAUCUCGCGACACUUUGUGCGGCGUUACAUGCUACCAAAGGGCCACAAUGAGGCGGAUAUCGUGUCGUCGCUCUCGUCGGACGGUAUCCUUACCAUUAGCUGUCCCAGAAAGGAGAUCGAGCAGAAAAAGCCAGAACGUAGCAUUCCGAUCACGCACACAGGACAGCCGGUGAAGCAGGUCACCGAGAAAGCUACAACCGUACAAAAUGGCCAAAGCAAGAAGGAGGGAGAGACCAUGGAGUCAUGA